AUGAAACCCAUUACAAGAUCCUUCAAGACCGAAACAGCAUUCCCCAGAUAUCUAAAGCCAGGUGCUUUAGCCCAGUUAAGAGACUCCAAAAUCAAUGCCAGAUCCAACAAGCUCAAGCUGUUUCGACUCGACUCGAUCCCGACUCUGAUUCCGAGCCAAACCCAGAUCCAGAUUUCAGAUUUCGAUCAGAUCCCAAUGUUCCUCAGCAAGAUCUAUGGAGCUUCAUGUUGUCUCCAAAGGAAGAAGCUUUUGGCUCCCAAAUCUCUUUUGCUCGUCAAUUUGCAGGCUUCUGCUCGAAGUUUAGAAUCUAGGGAGAAUAAUGGUAAUGAUAAUGUUAGGGAGAGUAGAAGUAAUAGGAAUGGUGAGAAUUUGUUGAUUAACGUGCUAAACAAUGAUGUUGCUGUUGCUCAUUGA